ACAGUACAGCCUGAGUGGUCCUAUUGCAAUCACUGCCACCAAAUUCAGCAAUAGGAGCUGCAAGAACAGGAACUCUAAGGUUGCCAGGCUGUCACCAACUGUGCCAUGGGUCAUCUAUUUGGAUUAGGAUGUUUACUCAUCUUAAUAGGAAUGGUGGAUGUAGAGGCUCAGAAUCCCCCUUUAACUAUUGGCAAGAAAUGCUUGGGGAAUGUGAUGCGUAUUGAUGUUGGCCCUCUUGGAGGAAAGAACCUGGAAGUUGCUGCUGUCAUGAAUAACACUGCUGUCAUCCUCACAUCAAGUUUAGCAUCUCAAUGUGGAUUCAGCAUGAAGAGGGACCAGCUGGGAAAUGCCAUGAUCUUUGCUUCCCUUCAGAAUUGUUUUGCUCAGAAUCUGGCAGAUGAAAUGUUCACAACCACCUUGCAUCUCCGUGUGUCUGGACCCUUUCUUCUGAAAGAUGAGAUCUACCAAGUGGUUGAAACCUGCCAGUACUCCACCUGGGCCUCAAGGGAAGUAAUUUGUGACAACAAUUAUAUGGAAGUUUCUUUGAAAAGGGCAGUGCCAGAGGACUACCAUCAUCCCAAACAUGCCAUGCCACUGACUGGUUCAAAGCCUGCGAAUGCUCGGCGCUCUGCAGAGAAAGUACCCAUGGAUGCAGGAUUCAGGAUAACAACUGUAGUGUUCUUUACACCUGAGGGGGAGAAGGUCAUGACUGUGAAUGAUGCCCAUAAGAAGGGAUACUGGGUUGGAAAUUCUCCCACAAGACUGGUCCAGAGAGUUCCUUCAGCAGCACCAGAAAUAUUCACUCAUAAUGUAGCGGGGGUUCCAAUGAGAGUUUUCAAAACUUCAACCAUCUUUGAGAAGACAUGGCUGGCAACACAAAUUGAUGCAGCAGCUGCUUGCCCACUUCAGGAGGGAAGUGUGUUCUUCACUCGAAGCACGAUUACCUGGUACCUGCCCCGACACAUCGACCCAAUGAUCACGUCGCAACAGUUCACGCUGCUGGAGGUUCACUUUGGGAUAAAUGGGCAAAGAAUGGAUGCUGGUGAAAUGCAGGCCAAUAAAUACUCAUUGGCUCUCACUGAUCACUACAUAGUCACCGAAAUUCCUAUUGGAGCUGCUGGAGGUUACUUUAAGAGCCACGUUCAGGCAAACCUGUACUACAUCUCCUACGUGAUUGAGCCCAUGCUUGAGCUGCUGUGGUCUGAAGACUCAGUGCUGGAGCUAACAAAAUACAAAGUGUAUUUUACCAUUGCAACAAAUGUGCUUCCUCAUCCUCCACAGCUUGUUGACAAUACAGUUCCAGCUGACCGGAUGUUCAAGAUGGCUCUGGGACACUUUGCUCUUGACGUAGUCCUGCUGAACAUCACCUUUGGCUCUGAGGUCUUGUCUGUGACUGACUGCAUGGCUAGAGGCUUCAACAUCAUGGAGCAUUUGUCCCACAAUGACACCAUGAGGGUCUAUAGUCUUCAAGUACCCUUCACAGACCCUGCAGUGUCAAAACUGGCAGGAGAGGGUGUGAUUGUUUACUCACUCCACCUAACCUUUGGCUUGCUUGUGUUGGACACACUUGCUCCUUUUUCUCAUGCUGCUUACUUGGAAGCUGUCUUGGAGGACAUGAUCUCACCGUCGGUGUCUGGUGGCUGUGAUCAACGAAACUUCUUCAUUCUGGUGAAAUAUGGAACCAAAGGAUUCAGCUUUCAGACCACAGUGGGAAAACGCUUGAUGACUCCUAGUCUGGCUCAACACUACAACUACAUGGAGAAUGGCACUCACUUUAGUUUCGUUGUGCCAUUUUUGUCUUCUGAUGCUGUGGUUGAGGCUAUAGAGUCAUCUUCCAUUAGGAGCAGACUCAACGUGAUUCUGGUUAAUCCCCAAACAAAUGAACACCUGAAGGACUUCUCCAUGGCUUGCAACUUUCCAUCAACACUUACUGAAUGUUUCCCAAAUGGAACAAUGACUGCACUUGCUGUAAAACUGGAGUCAGUCCCUUCUUUGGACCCUAGUGGGCUAACUCUCCGAGACCACAGCUGUGGCCCUGUGUACAGUGACGAGCGCUACGCCUAUUUUGUGUUCACCGUUAACUCCUGUGGGACGACCAGGAAGUUUUUACCUGACGGCAUGCUCUAUGAAAAUGAAAUUGCUCUGCCAGAUGACCAUCAAAUGAAACCUGCCACAGACUCAGAGGAGGCCCAUUAUGAUCUGAAGGUUACCUGCCUCUAUGACAUAAACACCAGCCAUGCUGUAGCUUUUCACACAAGGCCUCGCAGGAGUGAACCAUAUGCAGAAAACUCUGAGGGCCAGCUCCAUGUUGUCAUGAGACUUUCUCUAGAUGACUCCUACAGUAACUUCCAGAUGCUUGAAGACUUUCCCAUUGCAAAGUAUCUUCAGCAACCACUGUACUUUGAGGUGGAAUUAAAAAGGUCGACAAACCCACAAGUAUCUCUGGAGCUUGAAAACUGCUGGGCAACACAAGAGGAUGACAAGACUUCCCAACCCAGAUGGAAUCUGAUCAUUAAUGGCUGUCCAAACCCAGUGGACCCAUACCAGGUGAUCUUCCACCCAGUCUGGGCUGAUGAGAGGGUUCGCUAUCCCCCUCACUUCAAGCGCUUCGAGGUGCAGAUGUUUGCCUUUGCUGAUGAGAAAGAUGACUUGGUUGGCCAGCUCUUUGUUCAUUGUGACGUUGUAAUCUGUGAUGCCAAAAACCCACUUGGUGGCGUUUGCAGCAGGCAGUGUCCAAACCCUGACGCUGGAAUGAGAGGUCAAAAACGUGACAUUGUCGAUGUUGCUGAUUUUGAACACGUGUCUCUUGGACCCAUUGCAUUUUUGCAAUAAAUGAAAUAAAAAUUUAUUUUAAAUAAGCA